UCACAAUCGCGGCAGUUGGCCGGUUGCCGGGGAGGAGUCGCCAUUGCUGAGGUCUGAACUUAUCUGAAAAGGAGAAGCUGAGCAUACCGAUCGGUGCCUUACCGGUACAGCCCUCCUCCCGGCCAUUCGGUAGAUUUCUGUGUGAUCUGAUUUGGAUCGAUCAGGGCGACCAUGGCCUGCGGAGCGACAUUGAAGCGCUCUAUGGAAUUUGAGGCCUUGAUGAGCCCACAGUCUCCGAAGCGCCGUCGGUGCACCCCUCUCCCGGGUUCCCCCGCCACACCGUCCCCCCAGAGAUGCGGCAUGAGGCCCGAGAGUCCGCUAGGCCAACAAUCCCCUCAGCUGGGCGUUGACCGCCGGCUCACCCCGGAACAAAUCUUUCAGAACCUGAGACAGGAAUAUACACGCUACCAUAGACGACGGCAGCUAGAAGGAGCUUUCAACCAAACUGAAAAUGGACACUCCAGUGAGGUUCAAGCCAGUACAUCUCUCACAGCUCCAUCGUCACCAGGUUCACUGGUGAAGAAAGACCAACCAACAUUCAGCUUACGACAAGUAGGAAUUCUGUGUGAACGUCUACUGAAGGACCAUGAAGAUAAGAUUAGGGAAAAAUAUGAGCAGAUUCUCAACACAAAACUAGAAGAACAAUAUGAAUCCUUUGUGAAAUUUACACAUGAUCAGAUUAUGCGACGGUACGGGACAAGGACUGCAAGUUAUGUGUCUUGAAUUGUUCGCUUUGCCGUCUGGGUACCAGUUUUCACUUUGGGUUUACGGCUGCUCUACAUUCUUGCCACCUGUGAGGUGCCACAUUAUUAUCAGUUUUUCUUCACAUCGUGUCAUCCAGAGAAUUUUAACGUCAUUGCUGGCUGCCUUCACACUUUAUUUUUAAUUUUUUUUUAAGCUUUUUUUUUUUCUCUCUACACUGACUUUUGUUUAAAGACUGUUCCUCUCAAUAAAACCAACUGUAAUCCAAAAGGUUGUAUUCUUUUGAUGGCUUCAGACAUCUCCAU